UUGUUUCAGGCAAUAUGUCGGAAGGAAACGCUGCCGGCGAGCCUAGCGUCCCGGGAGGGUCCCGGCCCCUCCUCUCUGGAACUCGAGGGCUUAUUGGGAGGCGGCCAGCACCUCCCCUCACCCCGGGCCGCCUUCCAUCGGUCCGCUCCAGAGACCUCACGCUCGGGGGAGUCAAGAAGAAAACCUUCACCCCAAACAUCAUCAGUCGGAAGAUCAAGGAAGAACCUAAAGAAGAAGUAACUGUUAUAAAGGAGAAGCGAGAAAGGGACCGAGAACGACAGCGAGAAGGACAUGGACGUGGCCGGGGUCGCCCAGACGUUAUCCAGUCCCAUUCUAUCUUUGAGCAGGGACCCGCAGAAAUGAUGAAGAAAAAAGGAAACUGGGAUAAAACAGUGGAUAUGUCAGACAUGGGACCCUCUCAUAUCAUCAACAUCAAAAAAGAGAAAAGGGAGACUGAUGAAGAAACAAAACAGAUCCUGCGUAUGCUGGAGAAGGACGAUUUCAUCGAUGACCCUGGGCUGAGGAAUGACACACGAAACAUGCCUGUGCAGCUGCCUCUAGCUCACUCGGGGUGGCUAUUUAAAGAUGAGAAUGAAGAGCCUGAUAUUAAACCUUGGUUGGCAGGCCCCAAGGAAGAGGACAUGGAGGUGGAUGUGCCUGUCGUGAAAGUGAAAGAAGAACCACAAGAUGAGGAAGAGGAGGCCAAGAUGAAGGUUCCCCCAAGAGCAAUCAAGAAGAUGCCAGGCCUCCCCAAAGAUGUAUCUGUGGCAGAGCUGCUCAAAGAGUUGAGCCUCACCAAGGAGGAAGAACUAUUAUUCCUCCAGCUGCCAGACACCCUCCCUGGCCAGCCACCCACUCAGGAUGUCAAGCCUGUCAAGACAGAAGUGCAGGGCGAAGAUGGACAGAUGGUGGUUAUAAAGCAGGAGAAAGAUCGGGAAGCCAAGCUGGCAGAGAACACUUGUAUUCUUGGCAAUUUGACAGAGGGUCAGGUUGGCAAACUGCUUAUCCGGAAGUCGGGAAAGGUGCAGCUCCUCCUGGGCAAGGUGACUCUGGAUGUAACAAUGGGCACUUCCUGCUCCUUCCUCCAGGAGCUGGUGUCCGUGGGCAUUGGAGAUAGCAGGACAGGUGAUAUGACGGUCCUGGGACAUGUGAAACACAAACUUGUGUGUUCCCCUGAUUUUGAAUCCCUAUUGGAUCACAAACAUCGGUAA